AUGAUGUUCAACGACGAUAAAGAAGUGUAUGACUUCUACAAAAGGUAUGCCUAUGAUGUUGGUUUUCCAGUUCGAAAAAGAAACUCAAAAAAGGGGGACGAUGGACUGUUGAAAUAUGCGACCUUCACAUGUAGUCAUGAAGGUCGAAGACCGAGUAAUGCAAGCGGCUCUUUAAAUCCACAACCAAUCAGUCAAACAGAUUGUAAAGCAAGGAUCUCUGCUUCUUUGGAUAGUCAUGGAAUGUGGAGAAUUAAUACUGUCCACCUUGACCAUAACCAUAGAACUAGCCCUUCCAAGUCUAGGUUGUACCGAUGCAACAGAGAGUUGAGUGCAACUGUGAAACGGAAACUUGAAGUAAAUGAUUUUACAGGAAUUCCGUUACAUAAAAGUUUCAACUCCACAGUUGUUGAAGCGGGUGGAUAUGAAAAUAUGACGUGUGUGGAAAAGGACUGUCGCAAUUAUAUUGAACAAGUGAGGCGAUUGCGACUUGGGGAAGGAGAUGUGGCCGCAAUACAAAGUUAUUUUUCAAAAAUGCAAGCACGAUGCUCAGGUUUUUACUUCAGUAUGGAUGUAGACGACGAGUUUUGCCCAAAGAACGUGUUUUGGUCCGAUAAUAGGUGUAGGCAAGCAUAUAUGGAGUUUGGGGAUGUUGUCACAUUUGAUACAACUUACUUCACUAACAAGUAUGACAUGCCAUUCGCACCUUUUGUUGGUGUAAAUCAUCACGGUCAAUCAACUUUGUUCGGUUGUGGAUUGUUAUCGAACGAGGACACUGAUACCUUUGUCUGGCUGUUCAAGACAUGGCUUGAGUGCAUGCAUGGUAGAGCUCCUCGUGGAAUAAUUACUGAUCAAGAUAGGGCCAUGCAAAAUGCUAUUGAGAUUGUUUUUCCAGAUACAAGGCAUAGGUGGUGUUUAUGGCACAUUUUGAAGAAGUUGCCGGAGAAGUUUGGGUACCAUGUUGAUAAGGCUUCCAUAUUUUCGGCUAUACAUCAGUUGGUGUAUGAUUCACAGAAUAUUGAAGAAUUUGAAUUAGGUUGGAAAGAGAUGAUCGAGACAUAUGAGUUGAUAGAUAAUGAAUGGUUGUCGGGGUUGUAUGUUAAUAGAGGUCGUUGGGUGCCUUGCUUUUUGAAAAUGGCUUUUUGGGUGGGGAUGUCCACAACUCAGCAAAGUGAGAGUAUGAAUGCGUUCUUCGACGAUUAUGUCCAUUUGAAGACCUCUCUGAAGCAGUUUGUGGAACAAUAUAAAAGAACACUCAGAAGUAAGGUCGAAAAAGAGUUCCAAGCUGAUUUCAAGUCAUACUCACAAACGUUGCUUGAGCAUUACACAUUACGAAGGUGGAGAAGAGAUGUUAGCAGAGCAUAUACAAGAGUUGCAAUGAAUUACGACGGUCUGGUCAGUACCCCAGAACAGUUGAGGUAUGACAGUAUGUGUAAAGCUUUUGCGGAGGUGGCUGACCUUGCUGCAGAUAAUGAGUGUCGGGCACGUGCCAUAUUGGACUGGAUAAAAGUACAAGCGAAUGAGCUGAAGUCUACAAAGUCGUGUAUUGCAAGUAAUAUCGUUUCUCACUGUACUCCUUCACAAAUUGCUGCAACCAUCAACAUAUGGGAUCCCAAUGUUGCAAAGAAAAAGGGGGCACCCCGGCGACUUCGAAGAAAAAGUCCGCUGGAGUUAAAGAAUUUAGGGGCAAGUUUGACGACGAGCAAGGGGAAGAGGCUGAGACAAAGGCACAGUAAUACUGAGGAGGCUGCACCUGAAUUUGUAGCGUCGCAAGAGCAAUCUUCAACGCAAACACCAUUCUCUUAUUCACAACUAUUGUUGGGCGAUGCCGAAAGCUUUGUCUGUACACGACCGUUGCCAACAUCGGAUGCGCUCCCUCCAUUGCCAACGAAUGUUAUAUUCCGUCCACAAGGUGAUGACGAGGAAGAUUGUUUGCUCCAGAAUAUGGAUGAUUUGGGCAAGUUCAACGGUGUUGAAGCUCCUAAUGUCCCAAAUCAGUGA